UCCUGCAAUUUGAUAUUUAGGUCUCUCUUGGUAUCUGGAAUUGAGAUAAGGAGGUGGUUUUGGAAAUUUGUUCUAUGAAAAUAACUAAAUAGUACUAAAUUUUGUAUUGGAUGAAGGAAUAGAGCCGAAAUCCUGAAAUUUGAUGUGAAUGUUACUGUUGGUGUCUGUGGUUAAGAUAUGGAUAUGGUUAUGGUGGUUUUUGGAAAUGAAGCCUAUAAUUGCUCGAAAAGUACUAUAUGAAUAAUUCAGCUGGAACGACUUCUCUCAAAGAACAUUCCUCCAAGAAUUUUUCGAUUGGUUUCGGAUUUGAUAUUUUAAAAUUGCAUUUUUUUACCAAUGAUCAUCGAAAGUGAAAACGAAAAUAUCAUCAAGAAUGACUUGUGAAAAUCUCAAUGGGGUUUUUCAUCCAAAAGUGAAAUAGCAAUUCUGUGGCAUUGACAUUGAAAUAAUGUCUCUUGGGGCUAUAAAAGAUGAGCCAGGUUGUGGCAUCGGUGACAGUCACCUAAAGUCCACAUUGAAGAGAAGAAAAGCUAUGGACGCCUAAAUGGGAAAACAUUGGAGAGUGAAAAUCACAAGAAAAUGUCAAUGGAAAUGUUUUCGAAUACAAUUUUCACAUUGAUUUUGGUGUUAUCGUCACUGCUCAGUUCGUGUCAUGGCCAAAAUAAUACCCUUAUUGACGCCCAGCCAGACAGUGGUGGCAAUAAAGUACGACGCAGCAUAAUUGAUCCGUAUGCUGGCCUAUCACCAUUUGCACCGUUUGGUGCUGGUCCACCACCAUUUGGUUUUGGUUUCCCACCCUAUCCAUUUCCAUUUCCACCACCUUUUCCGCCGCCACCAUUUCCUCCACCAUUUGGUGGCUUCCCACCACCGCUAGCACCACCAUUACCAUUGCCACCACCACCAGUGUUACCAGCACCCUUUCCUGCGCCAUUUCCACUACCCUUUUAUCCUCCAGGCCCACCAUUUGGCUUUGGAUAUCCAUACGCACCUCCACUGGCAGCGGCACCACCACCGCCUCCUCCGCCACCACCUCCGCCUCCUCCACCUCCAAUUCCAGCACCAGCGCCUAUAAUAUUACCAGCUCACACAGCGGCAACCUUGAGUGUUGCCUCAUUGCUACACGCGUUGAUCGCCAAGAAAUUCUAUCCACCCGUUGUGCCGUUUCCAGUUCCCAGACCUGUGCCAUUUCCAGUCACGGUUAAGGUCCCUGUACCAGUGGCCGUUCCUGUUGAUCGUCCCGAACAUAUUACAAUCCUACGACCAUCCAAUCAUUAUGAGGAGGCGGAGCAUGUUCUGCACGACGAUAAGUACCAUGAAAUGGAAAAUGAAUGGAAUUCCGCACCGCCUGAGAUUAUACGGCUUUCGGAAUAAGAAAACUACAGACUUUUUG